AGUAAAACAGAGCAUGGAAAGUAUUUAGCAAGUUUCAAACUUCCCAUUUUGGAAGGCUCUGUCUUUUGUGCAAUACUAAGGGAGCUUCCAGAGCAUAAAGCCUCAACGAGGAUCCUGGAAUAACUCAGAGCUGAAUGCAACGGGUGCGGCAAACACACCGAAAGACAAGUAACUCGAUCCAAUACUAAACCAUCAAAUCAGUAGCCGAAACUGUGAAGAUUUUGUCAAUUGUUUUGCGAAGAUUUGCAAUUAUGGAAAACGCGGAGGACUACUCCAGUCUGCAGGAGUUUACUGAAGACUUGUCCUCCAGAGGUACACAGGGACUGAAAAGGGGGUCCGAGUGUUUACGGAGGGAGACUGCACUAUUUGUGCUCAUUGGCCUCCUGGCCUCUGUCUGUGCCAACAUUGUACUGAGCGUGCUUCUUUUCACCAGGCUCUCAGCCAACGUUCCUCAAGAGACUACAGCCAUGACGCUGAGGUUGAACUCUGUACAGAGCCGGUAUAUCAGUCUCUGUGAGGACUACACCAUGCUGGGACAAAGCUGCUCCAAGACAGUGAAGAAGUGUAGAGAGUGCCCUGAAGGAUGGAUACAUUUACCAGACAAAUGCUACAAGUUUAGUGAUAAAAAGCUGGACUGGUUGAGUAGCAGCCAAAGUUGCACAACUAUGGGAAGCCAUCUGACUAUCCUGCACAGCAAAGAACAACAUGACGCACUGGAAAAAGAGGCGAGGAGGAUUGGUGGGUCUGACUACCACUUUUGGAUCGGCCUAUCAGACUUGGAGAAAGAGGGGGACUGGAGAUGGGUGGACAACACAACCCUCCAAAAUAAAUAUUGGGAUGAAUGGGAUUCAGAGCCAAAUAACCACCAGUCUGGAGGGUUAGAAGGGGAGGACUGUGUUGUCCUGGACAGCUUUUCACUGACCUGGUCUGAUGUACAAUGUGAAAACAUCUACAAAUACAUUUGUCAGAUGGACGCCAUCCAGCUCAACUGAAUCACUGCUAACCUGAUCAAACUGUUCUGGAAUCCGAAGCUUGGAAUCUGUUAAUUGACUGUAAUUAAUUAGCAUAACAUUACUAAAUGUGUGAAUUGAUUGGCAGAUUCAAGGGCAGUCAAUUCCUGAGUGAUUUACAAAAUGUUACCAAAGAUACAAAUACACCAUAAAUAUUUUUAUACACACAUGAUCUUCAACAGAGUAGUUUGCUAAACAAUUGCUGUACAUUGGAAUUUGAUUGUUUUUAUUUAGUCGAAUUUGCUUGCUUGGAGUAUUUGAAUUUGAGAUCCUUACAGAUUUUCUGCGCAGGUAGGCCUAUACCAGCUCUUGAAAUUAAUUGUUACUUAUUGUUGAAUUUUAAUAAAAGUGCCUGUUUUUACAGUCAA